AUGAUCCUAAAGCAGGUGCAGCAUUAUGUAUUUAAUGUAAAUGUAUCUCCCUCCAGAGUUGAAUUUACAUUUACUACCUACCUGGAUGGCACUGAUCUGAUCAACGCUGUGGAGAAUCUGAGCUAUAAGGGUGGAAACACACACACUGGUGCUGGUCUCAAGUUUGUUGCAGAUAACUUCUUCAAUCCCACGUCGAGUCGGGAUGUCCCAAAGAUCACCAUCCUGAUCACAGAUGGGAGGUCACAAGACAAAGUGCAGGAACCAGCACAGAAGCUCCGCAGUCAGGGAGUUCAUGUGUUUGCAGUGGGUAUAAAAAGUGCAGACAGGAGUGAACUGUCUCAGAUCUCCUCCCAGCCCAUCAGUGAUUUUAUAUCCUUUGUUGGGGACUUUAAGCUGCUGAACACUCUUCUUCCUCUUGUGAGCCCUCAACUGUGUACCAAAGCAGGAGGAGUUUACGCUAGUGAUGAGGCAUUUUCGGGUCCGUCAAACAUUCAGUUCACAGGCCAGACAUCUGAUACUCUAAGGUUUCGCUGGAGUGCAGCGGGGGGUCCUUUGAGUGGCUAUGUGAUCCAGUAUGUGCCACUCUCCGGCUUGGGUCAACCUAUCACAGCAGACAUGCGUCAGGACACUGUCCCUGCCAGUCAGAGGACGUUUUCCGCACGAGAGCUGAGGUCAGGAACCGACUACCUGGUGACUGUCAUUGCCCAAUACCCAAACAGUUUGGGGGAGUCUGCUUCUGCCAAACAACGAACAAGAUCUUUGCCAGGGGUCACCAGUCUACGCCUGGCUCAGGCAGGCUUCUUCUCGCUCGCUGUGGACUGGGGUCAGCCUUCGACUCCUGUGCAGGGCUACAGACUCACUUAUGGACCACAAGGUCAGCCCGCUGCUCAGCUGUUGGAGCGGUCUCUGUCUGCAGACUCCACUUCUGUCACCCUGGAGUCCCUUAAGCCCGACACAGAGUACGUCGUCAGCCUCUACCCUCUUUUCCCCCGAAACUCUGCAUCCCCCUCCAUCCUCAACGCCCGCACACUGCGCCUUGAGGCAGUGGAGCAGUUGUCAGUGGAGACGAAGUCAGAGAGCAGUGUUCAUGUGCGGUGGAGAGGCGUCAGGGGCGCGCGGGCCUACCGUCUGGUCUGGGGGCCUUUCACAGGACGAAAUGUCGAGACGGUGGAGGUUACUGAGGAGUUUCACACUUUGUCCAGACUGCAGGCCGACGCUGAGUACAUCGUCACCAUCAUCCCGCUGUACGAGGGCAUCAACGAGGGUACUGGAGCAACGACCAGGUUCAAUACAGGGCGCCAGGAGCAGCAGGUGCUCAGAGCAGCCAUCACCAGCCCCUCCACCAUCCGCCUCACCUGGAGAAUCAUUCUGGCAUCUCGGGGGUACCGCCUGGAGUGGAAGGAGGGGGAAGGAGGCCAAAUCCAGAGCCUGACCUUUCCUAGAACCACGACCAGCUAUGAGCUAACAGGCGUUCAGCCCGAGACAGAAUAUAUCAUGAACCUGUACACCCUGUUUGAUGGUCGUGAGGAGGCCACACCUGUCUCCACCUUAAGCAGAGAGGAACAGCCAGUGGGGAGGGUCUCCAACCUGAGAGUUGUGGAGUCCCUGGGCAGUACCGUCCGACUCGGCUGGACGGGAGUAGCCGGUGCCACGAAGUACCGCAUCAUUAUCCUCGACAAAGCAGGGGGAUCAGAGGAAAUCCGGAAUAUCCCUGGAAACCAGACAACCCUGGACCUCAGAGACCUGACGAUGGGAGUGUCUUAUGGGGUCAGUGUCACAGCGCUGGUGGGAGAAAACGAAGGAGACCCAGUCACUGUCUACAUCAAACCAGAGCAAGGUAUUGGCAGAGUGACUAACAUCAGGGUGACAAACGCCAACAGUCGGCGAAUUCGAAUAGCCUGGACAGGUGCUGCUGGGGCAACGGGUUACAGGGUUACCUGGAGACAAGGCAACAGUGGAGAGCAGUCCCGUAUUCUGGGGGCGGAGGUCACAUCCUUCACCAUGGACGGCCUGCAGCCGGAUGAGGAUCUGGUAGUUGGGGUUGCGACUGUGGUUGACCAGCGUGUUGGAGAGGUGGUCACACUGACUGGUCGGACUAAUCCCAACGGGGGAUCGGUGGCUGGCCUUCGCAUUGUUGACUUUACACCUCAGGGGAUACGCAUUGCAUGGUCACGUUCCUCCCGGGCAACUGGUUAUAAGGUCACUUUGCGCAGUGAUGAUGGAGUUGAAACAACUCGUAAUUUGGCCGCUGAUGUCUCUUCUUACACCAUUGACGGACUACAGUCAGAUUCAUCAUACAGUGUAUUAGUUUCUUCACUUACCGGCUCUCGAGAGGGGAGUCCUUCCACCCUGAGUUUCACAACAGAGUCAGAUAAUUCUGUGAUUGGGACUGUGACGUCACUGCAAGUCCAGGAGGCUCGUGGAGAGGUGGUCCGAGUCACCUGGGUUGGUGUGCAGGGAGCAACGUCUUACCGUGUGUCUUGGAAGAGAACAGAUGGUGGUGAAGAGAGGAGUCAGCUGGUGGCGGGAGAUGUGACAGCAGUGGAUUUAGACCGGUUGGACCAGGGAGCCCAGUACGAAGUGCGGGUCAUGGCUUUAGUUCAAAACAGAGAGGGAACUCCCGUGUCUGUCAGAGUCACCACACCUGGUUCCCCCUCCCCCCCAUCACGUACCACAACUUUACGAGUUGCGGAGGUUACCAGGGAUUCAGUGCGGCUUGGCUGGACUCCACUUCCUGGCGCCACAGGAUAUAUUCUACGCUGGAGAGACGAGAGAGACAUUGGUCCAGGCUUGUCUGUUACGCUCCCCGCUGCGUCCAACUUCUAUCAGGUGACUGGGCUGCGAUUGGGCCGUGGUUAUCGUUUCACCGUGCUGCCCACUUUUGCAAAUGGAUUGGGAACAGAGAGCUCUCUAGAUGAACGCACUGUGUGUGUGGGCGGACGUCUGGACGUGGUGUUUGUGGUUCCGGCAUCUACGGAUCGGAGUAGCCUCGCAAGACCACUGCGUGAACUCCUCGCAAGUGCAGCAGGGUCUCUCAAUACUAUUGGAGCCCGGGACUCUCAGGUGGGAGCUGCAGUAUAUGGCUACAGACCCAAAACAUGGUUCCCCCUUAGUCGCCAUAGCAGGUAUGACACACUUCUUCAACAGAUCCAGUCCACACCAUUUGAUGAAAGCCCGGGAAAUAACAUUGGUGAGGCAGUGACCUACACCAGGCAAUACCUGCUGACCCCCUCAGUUGGACGGAGACCGAGGGUCCCUGGUGCUGUCGUCAUCAUCGCUGACAGAAACUCAGCUGACAAUCUGACUCUGGCAGCCCUCGGUCUUAGGGCUACAGGUGGGAACAUGUUCCCACCUGUUUAUUGA